CUGGAGGGUUUGAUUUGUUUUUUCAAAAACAUUUGUUUCUUUAAGCAAACAUUCUGAAGGAAAACAUUUGUUUAUGGGUCAAGAUUCUGAAGCAAAAUUUGUUUCUUCCGUUUAAUGAAUGACCCAUAAACAUCCGUUUAAUGAAUGACCCAUAAAUUCAAUGGUUUGAUUUGUUUCAAAGGUUGGCUCAAUUGAGGGAAGGGUAGGCGUGCACAAUCUUGAUGAUUCGCAACAAAGUAGAAACUUUACUUUCAAAUGUCAUAGAGAGGGCAAUGAGAUAUAUUCAGUCAACUCAUUGAACUUUCAUCCUAACCAAUAUUUGUAGGCCUACUCUUACAACUCCUUCCCUUCAAGAGGAUCUAUGUACUAAUGAGGAAUUAGAGGAUAUGCCUAUGGGUCCAAUGGUUGGUACUCGAGCACAUAUAAAUUCAUGUCGUCAUUCUCUUGGCAAGAUGGAUGUAUUAUGUCCUUUCUGUUCAGCAUUACAUUGGAUGGAUGAAAAAUUAGUAAAAUCAUCUCUAAAUCGUCCUCUAUUCGGAACAUGUUGUUCAAAAGGGAAGGUUAAGCUUCCUCUGCUUAUUACACCCCCUUCACUUCUUCAAGCAUUAUAUGAUGGGAAUGAUGAUAAAUCAAAAUCGUUUCGAUGUUAUACUCGAGUGUACAAUGCAACCAAUGCUUUUACAAGUCUUGGUGCUACAUUAGAUCCAAGAGUACUUACUGGAAGAGGCCCUACAUCAUUCACUAUCCAUGGGGAAUUGCGACAUCGAAUAGGAUCACUACUACCAUAAUCAGAACAAGAUGCAGCUUAUGCGCAAUUGUAUAUUUAUGACCCUGAUUCAGCUUUAGAAGUUCGCAAUCGUAGAAAUCCUCAAUUAAGAAGAGAUGUUCCAAAAACUAUUCAAGAUAGUUUAUUACAGGUUAAUGCAUUCGUUGCUAAAUUUCGCCAGGCUCAUGCAAUUUUGAAUCAAUUAGCCUUGACAGGACGAAAUUUGCCUGCUCAUCUCCACUACAGUUCAUCGACAGAUCGACAACGGUAUAACCUACCAACUGUAGAUGAGAUUGCAGUUGUAAUACCAGGUGAUGGAACCAAGGUUAGUGGAAUGAGAGAUGUUAUCUUACAUCUACAUGGAAAUAAUGAGCUAAUGCAAAUCAAUGAAUGUCACCCAGCAUAUUUGCCAUUACAUUAUGUUUUAUUAUUUUCACAUGGUGAGCUUGGAUGGGAACCUGAGAUGAAAUUGUGGGAUGUUGAACGUGAUCAGCCUUCAACUGAUCGGCUUACUCAAAUGGAUUUUUAUAGUUAUUGUUUGUUUGAACGACCCACAGAGUAUUCAACAAUUUUGAGAGCUGGAAAAUUGUUCCAAGAGUUUUUGGUUGAUGCUUGGGCCGCAACUGAACAAAAUAAGUUGACUUACUACAAGCUUAGUCAAGGGAAAAUCCGUGCAGAACGUUACCAAGAUUUGACAGAUAUUGAUCCAAAUGACCUGUGACCCAAUCAAAUUGGUCAAAGGUUUGUUUUGCCAUCUUCAUUUCCUGGAGAUCCUAGACACAUGUUUGAAAUCUUUCAAGAUUCAAUGGCUAUCACACGAUACAACCAACAUCCAGACAUUUUUCUCACCAUGACUGCAAAUCCUAAUUGGCUAGAAAUUACUUCGACAUUAUUACCGCACCAAAAACCUAUUGAUUGUCCUAAUUUAAUUGCCCGUGUUUUUGAGUUGAAGAGAAAGUGUUUGAUGAAGGAGAUAGAAACAAACCGAGUGUUUGGUAAUAAAGUUGCACAUGUUUUUACAAUUGAAUUCCAAAAGCGAGGCCUUCCUCAUAUGCAUGCACUUCUAUUUCUUAAGGGUCCAGACAAAAUUCGGACAUGUGCUCAAGUAGAUAAAUUGGUUUGUGCAGAAUUUUCAGAUCCAAAAGAUGAACCUAUGCUUUUUGAAACUAUCAAGUGUUGUAUGGUACAUGGACCAUGUGGUGCUCGAAAUCCACAAGCACCAUGUAUGGAAAAUGGUAAAUGCACUAAGAGAUACCCUCGAGCGUUCGCAGAAACAACUACUAUGGAUCAAAAUGGAUAUCCUAUCUAUCGUCGUCGCAAUAAUGGUCAAACUUAUAUUGUGAGGGGGAAAGAAGUUGAUAACAGAGACAUCGUACCGUACAAUGCAUAUCUUUCUAAACGUUUCAACUGUCACAUAAAUGUGGAAGUUUGUGCCGAAAUGAGAUGCGUCAAGUAUAUACACAAGUACAUUUAUAAGGGUCAUGAUCGUACAACGAUGGUGUUGGGAUUGAUAAAUGAGAUCCAACAAUAUCUCGAUGCGAGGUAUAUUGGACCUCCAGAAGCUGCUUGGCGAAUAUUUGGUUAUCCAUUGCGUGCAGAGAUACCAACAGUUGUACGCUUAGCACUUCAUUUACCUGGAAUGCACCGCGUUCUUUUUAAUCCUGAUGAAUCAUUAGAAGCAAUUGUUUCUAGAGCUGGCCAACAAAUGUCAACUCUUACUGGUUUUUUUGCAUAUUGUGCUUCUAUGGAAGAUGAAUGUCCAUUCACUUACCAAGAAUUUCCACAACAUUUUGUUUGGCUUAAUUCAGAAAAGAGAUGGAAACCAAGGCAACAGGGCUAUGCAAUCGGUAGAAUGUACUUUGCUAGCCGUAAUUGUGGUGAGAGAUUUUAUUUGCGUUUGCUAUUAACUGUUGUCAAAGGACCAAAAUCGUUUCAAUGUUUACGCAUGGUCAACAAUGUUUUGCAUGAUAUGUUUAAAUCAGCAUGUGUUGCAAGAGGACUUUUAGAAGAUGAUGAAGAAUGGAUACAAUGCCUUAAAGAGGCUGCAGUUAUGAAAAUUGGUUAUCAAUUAAGGAGAUUGUUUACUAUUAUUCUUACUCAGUGCUCUCCACUGCAACCAUAUGCGUUAUGGAAUCAAUUUUCAAUGCAUAUAUGUGAUGAUCUUGCACAUAAGAUUCGAACAUUGUUUGCCAUUUCUGAACCAACUGAGGCUCAAAUUGAAGACUAUGGUCUAUAUCUUUUGAAUCAAAUGCUCCAAGAAUCAGGAAAAAGUUUAAUUGACUUUCCGCCAAUGCCACAACCUUCUACAAAUUGGAGUGCGGUAGUUGGUAACAGGUUGAUAUUCGAACAUCAACAACUGCAUAAUGAGACACAACAAGCAGAUGUAGAAAUUAUUAUUGAUCGCCUCAACAAUGAUCAACGAACAACUUAUGAUGCAAUCACUUCCUCAGUCUUUGAAAAUAAAGGAACUAUUUUCUUUUUGAAUGGAGGUGCCGGAACAGGGAAAACGUUUUUGUACAAUGCGAUUGCAUUGAAGUGUCGCAGCCUUGGCCAUAUUGUUAUUACUGUGGCUUCAUCUGGAAUUGCAUCAUUGUUAUUGGUAGGAGGUCGUACUGCUCAUUCAAAAUUUUCCAUUCCAUUGGAUGUAUUAGAAAAUUCAAUUUGUGGAUUUAGCAAACAAUCAUUACAAGCAGAAUUGUUUAGAGAAACAAAACUUAUAAUCUGGGAUGAAGUUCCUAUGCAGCAUAGACAUUGUGUUGAGGCAGUUGAUCACACACUUCGGGACACUUGUGAUAGUGAAAAGCCAUUUGGGGGUAUCACUGUUGUUCUUGGUGGAGAUUUUCGACAAAUCUUACCAGUUAUAACCAAAGGAAUCCGUGAGCAAAUUGUGAAUGCAUCAUUAAGACACUCUUUUCUAUGGAAGGAUAUACAUGUUCUGUCUUUAAAUUUGAACAUGCGCUUGAAUCAUGCAAAUCUUGAAAAUGCUAAUUUUGCAAAAUUCUUGAUGGAGGUAAUAUUUCUUCAAACUUUUUCUC